GGCUCCCUGGGCUGUCCCACACGCCCGCGGCCUGACCGCCCCUGAGGAAAACGCCUGUCCAGCCGGCAGCGCUGAGGCGGCUCGCGCCGCGGGGGAGGGAAACGUCCCUGCUCUGAAGUGAGGCGCUGUCCUCCCUCACGGCGAGGCCUCCUGGGGCUGCCAGCGUGCAGACUCCAUCUCCUCUUCCUGUUCAGUCUGAUGUGGGAAUCACCUGGCCAUUGAGUAAAGUCACCAAGAGGACAAAGAUCUUGAUUCAUCUUCCUUGGAGACACAUCCUUCGCCCCUCAGCUUUGACCUCCUGUCUGAAAGCUUGUCAGUUCAGGAUUAAUUGUGUGGACAUGUGAGGCUUAAAGAACUGAUGAGUUAUCAAAGACCUUGUAGCAAGUCCCAGCUGGAGUUAGGAGCAGGCAGCAGACAAGGCUCUGAAAACCCGACAAGGUGGUCUGUGGGUCAGUGUUGGGCCACAGGACCUCAGAAAGUGAUCUGAAAAAACCCUGCUAAUUCUUCCCUCCCCUCAAUACACACCAAGGUUUCUUGAUCCCUCACUGGAAAGCCCUAUUUGAUCAGUUUGAUCCUGACAACACCGGCUACAUCAGCACUGAGAAGUUUCGCUCCCUUCUCCAGAGACACGGCUCAGAGCUGGACCCCCACAAGCUGGAGGUCCUGCUGGCCCUGGCGGACAGCAACUCCGAGGGGAGGAUCUGCUACCAGGACUUUGUCAACCUGAUGAGCAACAAAAGGUCAAAUAGUUUCCGCCAAGCCAUCCUUCAGGGGAACAGGAGACUGUGCAGCAAGGCACUGCUGGAGGAAACAGGGCUGAGCCUUUCGCAGAGGCUGAUCCGGCAUGUUGCAUACGAGACCCUGCCACGAGAGAUAGACCGCAAGUGGUACUACGACAGCUAUACUUGCUGCCCUCCACCCUGGUUCAUGAUUACCAUCACUAUUGUAGAGGUUGCCUUUUUUCUUUACAACGGAGUGGCGUUAGACAGAUUUGUGCUGCAAGUCACCCAUCCCUUAUACCUGAAGAACGCAUUACUUUAUCAUCCUCAGCUCCGUGCUCAGGCUUGGAGAUACCUAACUUACAUAUUCAUGCACGCAGGGAUAGAACACCUUGGACUCAAUGUUGUCCUUCAGCUCUUGGUUGGGGUUCCCCUGGAAAUGGUGCAUGGAGCUGCGAGGAUCAGUUUUGUGUACGUUGCUGGAGUUGUGGCAGGGUCCCUGGCAGUGUCAGUAGCUGAUAUGACUGCGCCUGUGGUGGGCUCCUCUGGAGGCGUGUAUGCUCUUGUCUCAGCUCACUUGGCCAAUAUAGUCAUGAACUGGUCAGGAAUGAAGUGCCAAUUCAAACUGCUGCGCAUGGCUGUUGCCUUGAUCUGUAUGAGCUUUGAAUUUGGAAGAGCCGUGUGGCUGCGAUUCCACCCCUCCGUUUACCCACCAUGCCCACACCCCAGCUUCAUGGCUCACCUGGGAGGGGUGAUGGUUGGAAUCACCCUUGGUGUCAUCAUCCUGAGGAACUAUGAGCAGAGACUCCAAGAUCAGACUUUAUGGUGGAUCUUCCUUUCAAUUUAUGUCAUUUUUGUCUUGUUUGCCAUCUUCUGGAACAUUUUUGCCUACAGCCUGUUGGAUCUAAAGCUACCUCCCCCUCCUUGAA